AUGUCGUCAUCAAAUGCAACUCUUGCUGAGAUUAAUGCUCUAAACUAUGGUAAUUCGAUCUUUUACCAAAUUUGGACUUAUUUAUUAUUAUGUCUUGGUACUAUCGGUCAUUCAUUGAAUAUUUAUGUAUUUACACGUCCAACACUUCGUUCAAAUCCAUGUACACGUUAUUUUUUAGCAGCAACAGUAACAGGUAUUUGCAUCAUCCUGACCAGUUGUCUGUGGCGUUAUCUUCAAAUAAAUUAUCCAGCGUAUAAUCCUUUUGGAUAUUCAACUGCAUCAUGUAAAAUUCUCUCAUUUAUGGCACUAACUUCAAAAUUUUUAUGCAGUUCAUCAUCUGCUACUGUGCGAGCAUGGAGUAAUCAUCGUGUUACUUAUCGUGUUAUUAUAAUCGUCUUUAUAAUUGUGUCCAUUUUUUAUCUUUAUGUGCCAAUUAUAUAUCAAAAUAUAAAUACAGGCACAAAAUGUCCAGCAGCUCAAACUACGUUUCCAUUAUUUAGUGGUAUAUGGAAUUUAUUAGUAUUUAGUUUAGGUCCAUCAACAGUUAUGCUUACUUUUGGAUUACUUACUAUUCGAAAUGUUCAACGAUCAGGAAGAAGACUUGUACCACUAAAUAAUCAAACUGAAUUGACAACAUCGCAACAAGAACAGUUGAAACGUCAAAAAAUGGCUGAUCGACAAUUAUUAAAAAUGAUGCUUGUUCAAUGUGCGUACUUUAUUUUAUCAACAACUCCUCUCACAGUUCUGUAUAUCUAUACUGCACUGAGAAUCAAUAUAGUAACAGAUGCUCUUCAACAUGCUAAAGAUGCUUUAUUUACAAAUAUUGCUGGUGGACUGAGUAUUUUAAGUGGAUGUACAAGUUUCUAUGUUUUUACAUUAUCAAGUAAAUUAUUUCGCCGUGAACUUAUGCAACUAUUCAAGUGUCGAUGGCGACCAAAUCAAACUAUCACAACAAGCACAGGACCAAUACAAAGAAAUUAA